AUUUAGAGAAGUUUGAAUAUGAUGCUCCCAUAAAUUCUUAUGUUGUUGACUUCACAAAUGAUGAAAUUUUUGAAAAACCUAUUCUUGAAAAAUUUUACAAAAAACAUGUGAAUGAUUUACAAUAUGAUUAUCAUUAUGAAAUAUCCAAGAAGGUGAAACAAUAUAUCAUAGAUCAUAUGGAAAAUCGAAUUAGAUUAAAUGAUGACAAUGAAGAAUUAUUUAUAUCAAUGUUUUUCUUAACUGAAUUGUAA